AUGAAUGAUGGAUUAAAGCUUUAUCAACAACAGAAAAGUACCGAAUUUCCUGGUUAUAUUUGUCAGCAUGGCCCAUUUGCUGCCGGGGGAAAUUUUGUAAUGAUGUUAAAAUUAAACAUCCUGUCCCAAAAAUUAUUGGUUUCUGACAUCAUCAGUUCAAUUGAUAAACCAUGUAUUAAAAUAUUCAAAAUAGAAGGGAUCCGUCAA